ACGCGACGGCGCGCUAGUCAGGUAGGUUAAAAGUGAGUGAGCACCGGAGAAAGCAGAUAUAAAGAAGAACCCGAAAACAUAAAUAUCGCAAGCAUUCCCCCGGCGUUUUUAUUCUUUUCUUUGUUUUAGGUCAGUAAAAUUUAUCUUUACCACUCAUUCACAAUGCAAUUCUCUCUUGUUCUCGCCGUUAUGGCCUCUACUGCUUCUGCUGCUGCCAUGGGCAAAUCUAAGCAAAUGCAGAUCAACUACUACUCUGAUUCUACCUGUCACAGUUUCCAGGGCAACGUUGACGUCACUUGGGCUACUUCCCUCUACGACAGCAAGCAUAACAACUGCUACAACUACCAGUACGGCAACAGUGUUAACAUUGCCGAGUGCGAUGUCAAGGCUGGAUGCCUUUGCAACUUCUACUACCAGAAGGACUGCACUGGCGGAGCUACCCAGCAGCUUCAGGGCAACGGUAACUGUGUUGGUGGUGCUCAGCAGCUUAAGUCUUUUGCCUGCUACUACAGGUAAUUGGAUCGCAAGAGUACAAAACCCAAAACUGUAUAUAAAUACGUAAAUAAACAUAAAUGUAUGAUAUCCAAUGUCUAUACUCUUUGCUUGCGGUAUUCCAUGUUAGCCUGAAGCUAUGAAGUGCGCCGUCGACAGUCAGGACUCACGCCGCAAUUGACGCCUGAGAAGCCAUGAUACAAUAAAUUUAUAUUUGUAGACGAAUAAACCGC